GGGCUGAUCUUUCGGUUCAAGUUCCUGAUGCUCAUCACCCUGGCCUGUGCAGCUAUGACAGUCAUUUUCUUCAUCGUGAGCCAGGUGACAGAAGGCCACUGGAAGUGGGGGGACAUCACGAUACAGGUGAACAGUGCCUUCUUCACCGGCAUCUACGGGAUGUGGAACCUCUAUGUCUUUGCACUCAUGUUCCUCUAUGCACCGUCCCACAAGAACUACGGGGAGGAUCAGUCCAAUGGUGACCUGGGGGUGAGCAGCGGGGAGGAGCUCCAGCUCACCACCACCAUCACCCACGUGGAUGGCCCCACAGAGGUCUAUAAGCUGGCUCGCAAGGAGGCUCAGGAGUGACAGCGAGGGGUGCAGUGCAGGCACAGGACGACGCAAUGCCCUCCUGCAGGGGCCGUGUCUGAUGUACCUUGCUUUUUGAGCACCACAGCUUGUGUGUUUCCACAGAGCAGUGACACCGAGCAGAACAUUUGUAAACUUUAAUAUGGUGUAGUUAUUUCUGGGGGGAGGGCUGUGUAUAUUGUGUUACUCUCAAGCACAUAAAUAUCUGCUAGAAAAGCAUUAAUGUCGCAAAGUCGCACAUUCAGAUGUUAGGAGGUGGCAGACCUGACCUCAAGUUUUUGUUGGGCAGCACGAAGCUGGUGCUGAUGGCGAGGUGGUGAGAGCACUUCUGCUCUUCUCCUUGUGUGUGACUUCAAACAGGGGCUCGGGUUGGCCUCAUUUUUCAUAGAAUCAUUAAGGUUGGAAAAACUCAUCAGGUCCAACCAUUGACCCAUCCCCACCGUGCCCAGAAAAACAUUUUAAAAAAAAAAGAGGCUGCCUUUUUGAGCCAUCUGCAGUCAUAUUGAACCAUGUUUCAGGUCUGUGUUUCUCCAUGCAGCUCCACAGCAAUCCUCUGCCACUUGGAUGAGGCACAGCCGGGGCAGAGGGUAGGCUGUGAUGUCUAGGUCCUGGAAGAAGAACCCCCGUGCUCCAUCAGUGGGCUUCACAGCUGUUUGUUAAGAAGAGGGGAAUGUGAAAACCAGAUUGCAGGAGCAGUGUGUGCUCCUGUCCCAGUCCUCAUUGGUCCGAGCUGUGGGUGUUGUUGGAUGCCCCGCUCCAGGUGAAGGCACUCAUCUGCUGCUGUAUCGGAAUGACUGAAAUCACUGUAGCACAGAAGUGCUGAAUGCUACUUACAGAAAUCCCUUUGGAUGGGUUUGGAUACUUGAACUGGAACACUAACCAUUUUUGGUAAGUUUGUGUUUUUUGUGAGGUGGGAUGCUGGUGCUCCUGUACUCCUAGUGCAAGUGCUGGGGCCUUCAGCACAGGUGGCAGAGAGAAGCUCAUGAGCUGCGUGCUGAAGGAAACAAGUGCUAGGCAGAGCAAGCAGGAUGUAUGGCAGCAGAUCUGUCACACAAAGUGAGUUAAUGUAUGCACACAGCCCCAGCUCCUGCAUUUCCCUCGGCUGAGCGCUCGACUUUGCAACUUUAAUGUUCUUCUUAGGCUGGGUUCUUAUGUGAUAUUUAUGUUGUUCCCAUAGAUGUGUCCAUGGUUUCUUUUACAGCGUAGUAUAGCAUUGCGUUUUUGUAAAGGCUCUUUACAAAUGGGGCAUUGCAGCUUUAAAACCAAAUUUUGUGUCAAACACUAACAACUUGUUUACGGGGCGUGUGUGUGUGAGCUGUGUGUGUGUGUGUCUCCUUUUUUAUUUCUUACUUCCUAAGCCCUACUCAUAUGUCUCAGAAAUAGUCCCUGGAUCUUAUUAAAGUGUAUCCUUUUUUUGUUUAGGUUGAGUUCACUUUUUACAGAACGCUUUUAAGCAACCUGGAAAACAUGUAGAUUUGUUAAUUUAAAUAAAAUAUACAAUAUUGUGGUU